CCCUUUAAUUCCCUCCACACAUAAACCUCUAAACGUCGUGUUCAUAAUAAAGCAUCUGAUUCUGCUUAAACUCCAGCUGUUUGAUGGACGGGGACGUUUGGUUUUCAUUAGAUUGUCUCGACGCUGACCCCCUGCCCCAACGGCAGUAAUGUGAAACCAGCCACUGGCAGGCGCACGGAGCCGAGCCAAGGCGAGCCAAGUCGAGCCGAGCUGAUGCAGUCUGCACAACUCUCACUACCCGGUCCGCAGGCUGGACUGCGCUGCUGCUGCUGCUGCUGCACACGCCACCACUAUAGGUGUGAUAUCGCAGCCAUGGUGAACUGUCAGACUCACACAAGUUUACGGAGAGGAGAGUGGGGCUUCGCUCCUCUGCUGGCUGCCGCGCUGCUCACUCUGCUGUUCGCAGGGAUGCAACAAACCACAGCGUUUCCCUCCUGGAGGUUAGAGGAAGAAGCUUACACCACUGUGUUGCUCAUCGGGAUCCGCAAAGAGGCCCGGUCACAAGUGCUUCACCUGUCCAGGAACAAGCGUUACACCCUGACCCCGGAGCAGCUGAAAUGGGACAAGCUUAAACUAACAUACAAGUUGCUCUCCUUCCCAACGAACCUGAUAAAUGCCAGCGACACGCGCCGAGGCAUCGCCAAGGCUUUUGGCAUGUGGAGCGACGUCUCGCCGUUCAGCUUCAGAGAAGUGCCAGCUGACCAAGAAGCAGACAUUAAGAUUGGAUUCUACCCCGUCAACCACACAGACUGUCUGCAGUCCCAUUUGCACCAUUGUUUCGACGGCAUCACCGGAGAACUGGCUCAUGCAUUCUUCCCGCCAACAGGCGAGAUCCACUUUGACGACCAUGAAUACUGGAUUCUUGGAAACAUGCGCUUCAGUUGGAAGAAAGGGGUUUGGCUCACGGAUCUCGUCCAUGUUGCGACUCAUGAAAUUGGCCACGUCCUGGGACUCAUGCACUCCUUGAACUCGAAAGCUAUAAUGCACCUCAAUUCAACUUUGACGGGGCGCAAGCUAAUCACACAGGACGACGUGUGGGGUAUACAGCGUCUUUACGGAUGUUUGGACCGGUUAUUUAUCUGUCCAGCUUGGGCUCGGAAAGGCUAUUGCAACAACAAGCGCAGGCUGAUGCAGAAGCACUGCCCCUCCAGCUGUGAUUUCUGUUACGAAUUCCCUUUUCCCACUGUGGCUCCCACACCCGCUCCUCCACGUACCAAACACAAGCUGGUCAUCGAAGGAAAGACACUCACUUUUCGCUGUGGGAAGAAAAUAGCAUCAAAGAAAGGCAAAGUAUACUGGUACAAAGACGGGGAGCUGCUGGAAUUCUCUCACCCAAACUACAUCUCACUCAAAGACGACCACAUUACCAUAGUGGCCAACGCCAUCAAUGAAGGCACGUACACAUGUGUUGUGAAGAAAAAGGAUAAAGUGCUCACGACCUACUCUUGGAGGGUACGUGUGCGUUUCUGAAGGCCACGCCACUCCUCUGCACACUGAACAGGAUGUAUUCUCACCCACGUGGUCACCAGGAGACCUCAUUCACUAGGGCACAUAUUUCUGUAUUGUUUUUAAUGUCUCUCCUGUAUCUUAUAUGCACACGUCUUUCAUUGGUGUCAUUGAGUAACUGCAUUUUCAUAUGUGUGCAAAUAAUAAAUGUUCCGUGACAAGAA